AUGGACCAAACUCUAUAUUUCAUUCUUCUUCUAAUUGCUGUCUGCUCCGUAUCUGAAUGUGUUCAGCGUCAGUAUCACUUUAUAAAUGAGUUGAAGACCUGGACUGAAGCUCAGAGAUACUGCAGAGAGAAAUACACAGAUCUGGCCACCGCUGACGACAUGAACAACAUGAACGAGCUGAACAAGAGUAAGAGUGUGAAUGAUAGAAGUGUUCAGUAUGUCUGGAUUGGGCUGCAGAAGACGGGUCGUGAUGAAUGGCAGUGGUCUUCAGGUGAACCUGCUCUCUAUCUGAACUGGGAACCUGGACAACCAGAUGGCGGAGAUGAGUGUGCUGUGAGGUUAAAUGGAAAAUGGCAUCAUUUGCCAUGUAGUGACAACCGGCAUUUCAUCUGCAACAACAAGAACACAGGACUCGUCUUUGUCAAUCAGAUGAUGAAUUGGAGAGACGCUCAGAGUUACUGCAGACAGAAUCACUCUGAUCUGGUCAGUGUGAGGAACCAGAAUGAGAAUCAACAGGUUCAGCAGUUCAUUAGUGAUAGACAGUUAUCUGGAUCAGAAGUCUGGAUCGGCCUGUUCAGAUUCAGAGACUCAUGGCAGUGGUCAGAUCAGAGUGACUCCUCGUUCAGAUACUGGAUGUCUGGUCAACCUGAUAAUUAUGGAGGUCAUGAAAACUGUGCAGUGUUAAUACCGAACACUCAGGGACAAUGGAAUGAUAUCUCUUGCACCGACCAAUAUCCUUUUGUGUGUCAUGAAGAUGAACUGAUUGUGAUCAGAGAGAAUCUGACGUGGGCUGAAGCUCUGAGAUACUGCAGACAGAAUCAUGUGGAUCUGGUCUCGGUUCAUUCAGAAGAGAUUCAGCGUCGUGUGAUGAACGUGGUUAAACGGGCGUCUACUGCGGCGGUGUGGUUGGGUUUACACAACUACUGCAUCAUGAACAUGUGGAUCUGGCUGAGUGGAGAGAUCGUGUGCUAUCAGAACUGGGCUCCAGGGAACGGAACGACUCCGGAAAACUGCAGCCUCGAGAAGAGAAAAGGAGCAGUUCAGUCUGGAGGAGAUCAGCGCUGGAUCAGCCUUCCUGAAUCUCACAAACUCAACUUCAUCUGCAGCAGAAAUUAAGAGCUAAUGUGUUUACUUACA